ACCUCAUUUAUUAGUGUCAAUUCUUGCAAAUACGCUAAAACAACUAGAGUAAUUUGCCCAACAACAACAACAACAUCAUCCACAUCAAAAUGAACAAAUACAUUUCUUUUGCUUUUGUAGUUUGCGCCUUGGUAGCUUCGGCGCACUGCAACAGUUAUGGUAGUUAUGGUGGCUCUGCACCCGCCAGUGCUUAUAAUGCUAACUCUUAUGCAUUAGGACCAGGACCAGUGGUUUAUGCUUCUCCUCCUGCCGCCUACCAAGCUGCUCCUGCCUCUUACCCAGCUCCUCCUUCUUAUUCAGCUCCUUCAUAUCCUGCAGCUAAACCCAAAUACACCAUACAACCAGCCUACUCGCAUGAGUUGUAUCCUGGUCAAAAUAACUACAGAAGUUAUCACUCAGCUCCUGUUUAUAGUCAAGUGGCUUUGCCCAUUGUACCCUCUUCUCCCGUAGCUAAAUUGUACGUGCCUGCCCAACAAUCGUAUGCUUCGGCGCCCAGUUACGGUGGUAGUGGUUACUAAAAGGGUUACUUUUGAAUUCCCUUUCAUUUUUACAGGGUAGUGUUUGAACACAAACUAUUUUUAAUUAUAUUCGGCACCAGUUUUUCGAAAAAAUAGUGUAAAUAAUUUCGGUUUGUUAAUUUUUUUUUUUAUAAAUACUUAAACGUUGUUUUAAAACGUUGCAAAAUUUUUGGAAUUUUUUUUUCGGUUAAAAUUUAUUUAUUUAUAAUUUUUGUUUAAAAAAAUUCAAAAUUCUAU